UAGCGCUAAUGACGCCGAAUCGAAGAGAGGCCAUUCCGGGUCUCGCGGAGCCCUUUAAAGUUCUUUUCUCGGACAAUUUCUUAAUUUAGUCUUUUUUUCUCAAACUCGACAACACAGGACAUAUGUUUUAAAUUUUAGAUGGAGAAACGUCCACCUUCAAACGCAACUAGUGACGCAAACAUGUCACAGAUAAAGGUCUUUCUGGAAGAUGAAUUCCGCACAGAGUUAAUAAUGCAGCAGCGGCACCUGAAGAACCUGAGCCGGACGCUCAGCCAACAGCUGCAGGAGACAGGGAAGAGGCAGAAGGAGAAGUUGGUGGAGUUGGAGAAGAAGAUUAUUCUGUCAACACAUGCACAACAGGAGCCUAGUUUUAAAAAGCAGCUGAACCAUAAAACUGUAGUAAAGAGGAGGUCGUUCUCAGAUCACCACAGACCGAGAGAGAAACUCAAUUCACCUUCUUCAGCCUGUUUAACUUCAAAAAAGUUGAAACGUAGCACAGUGGGGACGUCCAAGCAGUCGGCCACGGAGACGCAGCAGUGUGAACGUGUUUCGUUGUUAAAAACAACGCAAACACACCAAGAGGAGAAUGCUGUGGCUGAAUGUCAGAGGAAGUUUACUGCUCUUCCUGUUCCCAGCCAUGUUACCCGGCCUCUCUUUCAAGAGAUGAAGGAGUUGAAAGACAAAGAGAGGAAGGAGUGUCAAGAGCAGAGGAAGACUUUUCUGCUUUCUUUGCAAAAACCUUUUAGUUUCCAAGUGAGGGAAAACGGGAAAAUGGAGAAGCUGGUAGCCAAAAUGAACCGACUCACUCAGGAAGAGACAGACAAGGCAGCUUCUGUCAAGAAAAGUGUGCAAAAUAAAUCAACAUUCAUCAAAAUGGAAAAAGACUCACAAGACCGUGACCAGGAAGCCCAGCAAGAGGUCUGCAGGCCAGUACAGGAUCAGAAGUCUGUUCAAAAGGGGAUGCCUGUUGUGUGCUCCAGCCCAAAACAUCGUGCUGCCGACCGCACCAAGAAAGAGAAGCUUGGAUUCCUGGACGAGCAGCCAAGUUUCCACCCAAGAAUCAAUCAGCAGGUCCCUGAUUUCGACAGGUUACACAAGGCCCUGCAGACUGAGGUGCUGAGGAACAGUCAGAGCAAAGAAGGGACAAAAUGUCAGCCCUUCUACCUCAGAACAUCAGCUCUGCCUCAACGGCAAAAAAUAAUCAGCCCGGAAACGUCACAGGAACCAAAGAUAAGUCACCUCAACAGAAGUAGAUCACUGGGGGCCUUGACGUCACUGUCCACAGACACACUGCCCACCUACAUCACCGAUGCUGCGAGGAGGCGCAGCAUGGCCAUCAGAAAAUCACAGGAGUUGCGGCACAGUAAGGAGCAGGAGAGUGAAGACUGGUUUAAGAAGUACCAGCUGAGGUCCCAGGCCAUGAGGAGAAACGUCGGCCUCCACGCCAAGUCGUUGGACUCCAACCACGGCCUGAAAAAAGGGUUUAAAGAAAAACUCAGGAAACAUAUGAUGGCUGACCAACAACGGAUGAGGGAGUACAGCAAAGAGCUGCAGGAGAUGAAGACGCGAGUCAGCGAACGGCCUUUUCUGUUUGAGCAGCUGAAACAGAAAAAUGCUAGGGCUCUGGCCGAGCAAACCUACAGGAACACACUGAAGAAAGCUGGCGUUACGGAGCGGUUUGUUGAAGAAAAGGGAGCAGCGGUCGAAGAGUCGCCCAUGUCGUCCGGUCUUGAGGGCGACAGUGACGACAAUGACCUCAGCAAUGAUAAUUACAUUCAGAGCAGGGAAGAAAAUGUAGACGACGGAGAGAAAAUUGAAGAUGUGGACGAGGAGAGCGUGAAGUCCAGAGGGGAAGAAAUGCCAUGAUCAAAGAGGUUCGUGCGGCACGGAUUUUCUUUCUUUUUUCUUUUUUUGCGGCCACUCCGCCAGAAAACAACACUGUCUUCGAAAAUGAUUCAUGUCACAGUUAACUAUGAGCACUAAACAUGUGAUCGUUUGUGAUGUGUAAGUAGAAAUUACGAAAUGACAAAACAGUUGAACUCUGACAUCCACAGAUGCUGAUUACGGCCGGAGGAAAAUAAAAAGUUUAUGGCACAGCAUUAUUAAGUAGUAUUUUUCAUAGUUUGGGUUCAGAACACACACACAUUCAGGUUUCGUGCAGCUAUUCCUGUCAGGAUUCUACACUGACUACUAUUCAUUUUGCAUGAAAAGCCCAAACAGAACCUUCGUACUCUAACCCUAACAACUAUUCACAUCUUUAUUACACUUUCACCAGAGCCUCAGAAGUGAGAUUGUGUUUCAUAAGGACCAGGAUUUUUGUCGCCAUUUGAACUGCUGGUCUGAAGAAGGAAUUAUAGUCGGCGGGUAUUUUUUUAAACAUAUUGAAUUCAGAAAAAGAAACCACUCUUUGCAUGUAACCAGUGAAAUACCCAAGUGAUGACACCACAGCAGUAGGCAUCACUUGGUUGUCCCUCCAGGUGGCGAAUGAGUUUUGGUGCUUGCUCAACUCCAGUCCUCUGACUUCAGGCCUGAUGCUCUAAGCCAGUCAUGUCCAACAUCCGACCCAGGGCCCAAUUCUGAGCCAUGGUUAAAUUUGUACUCACAGCUUCUGUCAUAAAAUGCAUCACUUGUGGCUAGCCAACUAGAGCAUUGUUUCCCAAAGACUGAGUCGGGACCCUUAGGUGGGUCGCAAGAGUUUUUUUUUUUGGG